UAUGUCACAACAAGUACAUUUUUUACGUUAGGACAGGGAUUUAAUUAGAGAACAGGUUUGAGCACAGGUUUUUAUGACACUUUGAUUUGUUUAUGAUACUUUGAUUUGACUGAUACUUGAAUAGAGUUCCUUGUUUUCAUCACAGGCAGCAGAAAAGCCCACAGUAUUCUGGCUGCUCUGCUACAACAGAACCUGAACACAAAUCAUUGCAAUUGGUAAGAAACGUCUAACAGGCUGCUUAGGUCACAAUGGAGAAAGACUUCAGGAGCGUCAAGAAAACCAUUUAUCCAACACGAAGCAUCAGAACCCGCAGCCAGUGUCACAGCAGACGAAGCUACUUUCACCAGCUCCCACCAGAACUGUUGUACAUGGUACUGGAUAAACUGUCCCUGCUGGAGCUCAGUGUGUUCAGCCUGGUAUCCAAAGAAAUGAACAGGAGCAUCAUGGACUACAUCUCUACAAAGGCCUGGAAGUCCAAAAUAAUCAUUCAGAACCACUCAGCCUGGUUUGGAAAGGAUUUCGCCAACAGAGCCAAAAGACAGUUCAGAGAUCUGGGUUUAUUAUUCAAAAGAUGCAGCAUGUUGUUGCCAGCAAAGGAGAAGUUCAGGUUUAUCUUCAGCCAGCUGUCAAAGAUCCAGUGCUUCGUAUUAGGACAGUGUCUCUUCCCAGGCUGCAGUGGCUUUGCCUGCUACGGUGUCUUACUACAGACACUAACAGCACAGUGGGAUGAGCCAGAGUGUCAAAGAGUGAUCAACUUCCUGUUGGAGCAAACAAACUUACUGCAAAAAAUGGAGGCAGUUGUCACUGCCAAAGCAGAGGUGAGAGGGGACCAGGAGCUGCAGCUCCGUUGUUUCUGUCGUAAGGUUCUGUUGGAUCCGUGGAUCAGUCAGCCACAGUGUCAGUUCUGGCUGAUGCAGCUCUUGAAGCCUUGGCCCAUGGUCAGUCAGGCUCGCCUACUGUUUAUCUUCUAUGGACCGCUGACACCGGAGGGUACUCUUGGUUGGGAGGAUGUUGUGGACAGAGGACUCACAGUUCAAGCUCUGUGUGACCUGGCCAGGGCUUUUCUCCUGCUGUUUUGUAAGAGAGAUUACAAAGUCUGGACGACCAACUCGAUGCUGGCGAUCCUGGAGGAGCUUAUAGUGAUUCCACAGCCGUGGCAUAUGGAGAACGUGGCUCGCCUCUUGGUGCUGUGUGGAGACUCUCUCUGCUACACUGUGUUGGCCAGCAAGGCCCUGAACGGGCGACUGACAGAGGUCUCCAGAAUUAUUGUCUACAUCAUACUGGUCCAUGAGAGGGAUCGGUUCAACAUGGCUGCUGUGGUGAAGCUGGUUCUGCAGAUCAGCAGGAUCUUCAGCACACCUACUGAGAGGUUCUUCUUCAUCCAAAAGAUGGAGGACAUGUUCUCAGAAAUCACCAGAGAGUUCUAUGAGAUGUCUGUCAGAGGGAACCAGCAGGACAACAGGGAGGCUUUCCAGAAACUGUGCGUUCUCCUGGACUCCAGCGCUCGCUUCCACACCACACUCUUCCUUCAGUUUACAACAUGAGAACGCAGCACUGGAAACGAACAGGAGAAGUUACAAAUGAG